CUCUGGCCAUGAUAGCGCCUGUUUACUACGCGUGUAAAUUGUUCGGCAUUUUACCGGUCAGUUACGCCAACUGUGGAAAAAUUCCUUACAGAAACACAAUGCACUUCAUUGGGAGGAGACACGAGAACGUCCGCGACGGAUGUUUUCACGUGAGCAACAGCGGCCUGGCACUGUGGGCCACCCAACUGGCACUGCAGACGUGGGCGUUCAUCCGGAUGUGCUUCUACCUGGGCAACACGCUCAUGCAGCGCAAGUCGCUCAACUGCUCCCGGGACAACUACUGUAGCGUUUUCGGCAUGUUGCUGUCGCACACGGUCAUCAGCCCGAUCGUCGUGUCCCUGGUGCUGAUCCGGUUGCCCCGGUCCGUCGACGUGCUGAACAUGACCGCCCGGCUGCUGCUCCGGUCCAGGUAUCCACGUCGCCGGCUGUCGCCCAACGCGUACGUGGUCGUCUUGUUCUCGGCCGCCAUCGUCUUCAAGUUGGUCACCACCGUCAUGAGCAUACCGCAACAGUACCCGGACCUCUAUUACCCGUACUUCACCGCGUACAUGGUGCCCAUCGUGUUCAUAAACCUGGUCAGCAUCCUGUGCGUGGUCGCCCAACAGUCGUACGAGGACAUCAACAGAGAGUUAGAAGAGCUAUGCGAAGUGAGUUCAAAAACCGAACGAGCGGUGCGGUUAAACGCGCUAAUGAACGACCACUGGUUUGUGGAGGACUACAUGGAGACAAUGUCGGACACCUUUGGACCUGAAUUGAUAUUCACAAUAAUGGAUAUUUACGUGCAGCUUUUGUUGUUCAUGUACGUAAUGAUAUGGGAUACGGUUGUCCGUCGCGUGUUCAAAGACAACGCGUAUCCGUAUAUUAGUGGCAUCAUCGAGUCGAGCAUUAUAAUAGGAAAAUUCGUUUACCUGUGCUACAGGUGUGACUCUUCCGUAAAAGAGAGCAAAAAGAUAAUUUUUCACCUGAAACACUUGUCCUCGAACGUGUCGAAUGAUUUGAAUUCUCAAACCAUUCUAAGGUUAUUUACGCUUCGCGUUAACAGUCGUGCAGUGCAAGUUACAGCUUCCGGAUUUUUCGACAUAAAUCUAUCACUUUUGUUUGCGACUGCUGGCGUUGUGUUGAUUUACUUUUUGGUGUUGGUGCAAUUUCAAAUGGAGGGCUACAAACAUAUUUUAGGAUCAAACUCUAGUGAUGCGGUUGUAGCGGUGGUCUGUCAUUCAUGGCCUUGUCUUGAGAGGGAUGUCCAAGAUUAAUAAUCAUUGUAUUAAUUUUAAAUCACAACCAUAUCCAUAUGGCCCGUUUUCGCCAAAAAACAGGUUCCCUGAUUUACGCAUAGCCUUUUUCCGCCAAUAAGGACAAAGGUAUGAUUCCCGUUUCCGCCAACUAGACGUUUCCGUCAAUUAUUAUUUGGGAACCA